AUGUCGAGCCUUCCUUGUGCUCGACCACCUGUCCCCGAACCACCACUCGUUGCCCCCUCCUCUUCCACAGACACUGACGAAAAGAAAGCAGCCGACGAGAAGCAAGAUCAGCCGCUUCCGCCUCCCGAAACCUUAUGGGAUUGCCUUGAUGCCAUCGUUCUACAGUGGAUUUACGCCACAAUUUCGAACGAUCUUCUUCACACCAUCUUAAAACCAAACACUACUGCCUACGAGGCGUGGACUACUCUUGAAAACAUCUUUCAAGACAACAAGAGCUCGCGUGCUAUUCACCUUCUCCAUAAGUUCUCGAACACUCGUCUCGAUGGGUUUCCAAACGUUUCGGCCUACUGUCAACUACUGAAAAUUCUUGCCAAUCAACUAGCUAAUGUCGGAUCUCCCGUCGAUAACGAGCGGUUAGUAUUGCAACUUUUAUCUGGACUCAAUGAACAGUAUGAAGGUAUAGCAACCAUCAUACAACAAUAG